AAUUGUGACAUCUACUGUCACAACAUGGUCAUACAAUCUAUGGUUUUCCUCACUGUAGCCUUGGCAAUUUUCUAUGUAGUUAAGACACGUGAUGGACUGUUAUGUACUGCUAUUUCUCAAAUGUUGUGACUAAAUACAUUAUUAAUGAUCUAUUAAUGUUAAUUCAGUCAAUCAAGAAUGAUUCUACUCUGGCCUAAGUUUGAAGUUUGUUCUUAUUCCUGUUUUGCCUACCAAAUUGUCCCUGUAUAAGAAGUGUCUGAAACGAUGAUAUGGCUGUUGUGGGAUGUCCAAUGAGAGAGUUUGGUCACAAGAAUCCAUUUCAUCAUCACAGCUGGGAUGAUUGUUGUAGUCAUUGGUGGAAGGAGCUCCAACCCACUCACUCUUCAAAUUGGUCACAGUGUUGUCUGAGGGAAAUGUUAAGGAAGGCGCUGGCUUCAGUACAUGUAAGCAACAUGAAGUUUGCAUCAGUGUUAGUCCUUCUUUUUUUCUGCUCUACUUUCAAGAACACCCAUGGAAAGUCAAAACCCAAACCGGGCUGUGAAUACCCUCCGUCUCAGUGGUGUAGGAGUUUGGAAAUUGCAAUAGAAUGUGGGGUUCAGAAGCAGUGUCUGGAGCUCAAUGCCACAAGGCCCAAUUCAGCAGUACCCAGAGUUGAGGUGACCCUGUACUAUGAGAGCCUGUGUCCAGGCUGCAGGGUCUUCCUCACCCAGCAGCUCUUCCCUACCUGGGCCAUGCUCCAUGAUAUCAUGGAGGUAAAACUGGUGCCCUACGGCAAUGCGCAGGAGCUUCCCUCAGGGAAUUCUCCCUUCACCUGUGAACAUGGGGAACCAGAAUGUCAUAGCAACAUGAUUGAGGCAUGUAUUCUACAUUCAGUGGGUCUGUACUCUGCCUUCCCUGUCAUUGACUGCAUGGAAUCUGCAGCAAAUGUUCUCGCCGCCGCCCAACCUUGCUUACAGCUACACGUCCCCUCCAUGACGUGGGACAGUGUCACAACCUGUGUUAAGGGAGAGCUCGGCUUCAAACUUAUGCAUGAGAACGCCCUGAAGACCAAUGCUCUCAGUCCAGCCAAAACACACGUCCCCUGGGUGACCAUUAAUAAGGAAUACACAGGUGACUUUCAGGACAAAGCAAUGUCAUCACUUUUUAACUUGGUCUGCAAGAUGUAUAAGGGAGGAAAGCCCCCUGCCUGCACCGGAGCACAGAAGAAACUAGACAGGAGUCUGUGCUGAAACCAACAGUCAUUCUGCAUGCCAUUCAUGUUUUCAAAAUAUAUUUUGUUACAGUAUAAGUACCAGUUUUUCUCAUUCUUUUGAAAGACAAUGCAAGUCCAACAUAAAUCAUAAGUCGCUAAUUUCUUUACUCUUGUUGCUGAAAUGUAUUGUAAUACUUUUUUAUUCUGUUUGAUACUGUGUCAAAUAACUCCAUAUGUAUUGAUAAUUUAACCCAAUGCUAACAAGUUACGGUUCAAUUUUGUAUUUACAGAUUUCUCUUUCAAGCCUAAGAGUGCAUAUAACUGUGGGGUCUGAAAUUAAACAUCCUUGAUAAAGA